GGAGUUGUAAAGAUCAUGGCAACCAUAGAAGAGUUAGCUCAUCAAAUUAUUGAACAGCAAAUGGGAGAGGUUACCCAGCAGUCUGGGAUUGAUGAAGAAGUCCUCUGUUCUGAAUCAAAUUUCAUUGUUCUCAUCAUUCGAUGCUUUACUCAGCAGAGCCAGAGUCGACCUGACUGUUGCAAGAACUGUCUCACAUUAAAGCUCUAAAGCACUUGUGAAAAAUGGGGCUGGUUCUCUGUUUUCCCCCAAAUUAAUCUUUUGCUACAUUUAAUUUAAAUUCUGCUGGAGAAUUUUGAACCUCCUAUGAGGCAAAUCUCCUGAAGUUGAUGCUGUCUUCUGAAGUCAUGAUUGCACAGUCUCCAGGUGCUGUUACACAAACAGCAAUGGAUGGGACUGCACAAAGAAUACAGAUUGUCCCAGCCGAUUCAGGUCUUGCUUUACCACAGCGCAUACAGAUUGUUACAGAUCAGCAAACUGGCCAGAAAAUUCAAAUUGUGACAGCACUUGAUCAGAGCACAUCAAGCAAGCAGUUCAUCCUAACAAAUCAUGACAGUGCGAACCCAAGCAAAGUUAUUCUUGCAAGGCAAGAAUCCACUCCAGGAAAGGUUUUUCUUGCCACACCAGAUGCUUCAGGUGUCAAUCAGUUGUUUUUCGCAACUCCUGAUCUGUCCGCGCAGCACAUUCAGAUCUUAACAGAUAACUCUUCCGCAGAUCAAAUGCCAAAUAAAAUAUUUGACCUGUGUGUUGUAUGUGGGGACAAGGCAUCAGGGCGUCAUUAUGGAGCAGUAACUUGUGAAGGAUGCAAAGGUUUCUUUAAAAGAAGUAUCAGAAAAAAUUUAGUGUACUCAUGUCGAGGAUCAAAAGACUGCAUCAUCAAUAAACACCACCGAAACAGAUGUCAAUACUGCCGGCUUCAGAGAUGUAUUGCAUUUGGAAUGAAACAGGACUCUGUUCAGUGUGAAAGGAAACCUAUUGAAGUAUCAAGAGAAAAAUCCUCCAAUUGUGCUGCUUCAACAGAAAAGAUCUACAUCCGCAAAGACCUCCGCAGUCCAUUAGCUGCAACUCCAACUUUUGUAACAGACAGUGAAACAGCAAGGUCAACUGGAUUGCUAGAUUCAGGAAUGUUUGUGAAUAUUCAUCAAUCUGGAGUAAAAAGUGAGUCAGCUGUGCUGAUGACACAAGAUAAGGCCGAAGCUUGUCAGGGGGAUUUGAGCACAUUAGCCAACGUGGUUACAUCACUAGCAAGUCUUGGUAAAGCAAAAGAUAUUUCACAAAGUAGUAGUACUGAUCUCUCCAUGAUUGAAAGUUUAAGCAAUGGAGAUACAUCACUGUCUGAAAUUCAACCAGAGGAGCAAGCCAGCAGCGAUGUAACAAGGGCUUUUGAUACCCUUGCAAAAGCAUUAAAUCCGGGAGAAAGUGCGGCAUGUCCAAACUCAGUAGAGAACAUGGAAGCCAGUGUACACCUCAUUGCCGGAGAAUCAAGCAUGAAUAUUGUUGAAAUAGAAGGACCACUUCUCAGCGAUGCUCAUGUAGCCUUCAGGCUCACCAUGCCUUCUCCCAUGCCUGAAUACCUAAAUGUUCACUAUAUUUGUGAAUCUGCCUCCCGCCUGCUGUUUUUGUCGAUGCACUGGGCACGUUCCAUUCCUUCUUUCCAGGCUUUAGGGCAGGAAAAUAGCAUAUCAUUGGUAAAAGCCUGUUGGAAUGAACUGUUUACCCUCGGGCUCGCACAGUGUUCCCAAGUGAUGAAUGUUGCAACUAUAUUAACUGCAUUCGUCAACCACCUUCACAGUAGCCUUCAGCAAGAUAAACUAUCAUCAGAAAGGGGGAAGUUGGUGAUGGAGCACAUCUUCAAGCUGCAAGAAUUCUGUAACAGUAUGGUUAAACUUUGUCUUGACGGCUAUGAAUAUGCUUACCUGAAAGCAAUUGUCCUCUUCAGUCCAGAUCACCCAGGCUUAGAAAACAUGGGACAAAUUGAGAAAUUUCAGGAAAAGGCUUACAUGGAAUUUCAGGAUUACAUAACAAAAGCAUACCCAGAUGACACCUACAGGUUAUCCAGGUUGCUUCUCCGACUGCCUGCCCUGAGGCUGAUGAGUGCUACCAUCACAGAAGAGUUGUUUUUCGCAGGCCUCAUUGGUAAUGUGCAGAUUGACAGCAUUAUCCCUUAUAUUCUUAGAAUGGAGACUGCAGAUUAUAAUUCUCAGAUAAUCGGACAUGGUAUUUGAAGACGCACCCCUAGUGCUUGCAAUGGUUAUACUGUCGUCUCCAAAAGCUAAAAAAAAACCGGAACCCUUGGAAAAUUCAUUUUCAGUCUCUUUGAUUUUUCCUCCUGGUUUUUUGAGAAUUUGGAAAGCGACUCUGAAUCUGAUGAGAAUUGGGAAGAAUUUUCCAUCCAGAUUUUGUACAUAAAUGGACAGAGAAUACUUGUUUUGUUGAAAAACAAAACAAAACCGGAAAUCCAGCCUUGGUAAGGAAGUAAUCAGGAGUGCAUGUCAUGACUUAAAUAAGGUGUCAAAAUCCGAUUUGUUUUUUUUUUUUUUUAAUUAGCCUCCUUUCAGAAUUGUGUUCCAUUCAUAGCAUGAUAAUCAUCGAUCCCCAGCUGGUAGGAAAACCUAAUGGUCUGAAACUCUGAGGAGGCCUCUAGGGAUUUUUUUGGAUCUUACAUUUCUGUAACAGAAUUCAAUUUUGUUCCAGUUAAUAAGUGAGAUGAAACUUGGUUUUGUGUAAUGGUGUAACAUACCAUUAAAAUUGCAGGGAAGUCACAAUAGAAAUAUGCUUUCACUUUUUUUUUUCCCUUUUUUUAAAUUAACCUUUUGUAAGUACCUUGGUGUACCCCUUAAUGGGCUGUGCCUCCCUUUCUUCCUGCUCUCCCUAUUCCCCAUUGCUGGCAAUGGGACAAAGGCCAUUCCUGAUCUCAUGGGUUGACAUAUAUUAGUAUUGUAUACUGGUGAUAUAAGCACUUUUUAUUUAUGCAAUAGAAAAUUGGUACAAGAGUAAAGUAUUUCCCAAAGUACUUUAUUCUGAGUGUUAUUUUCAUUUCAGUUUUCUAGGUGUGUCAUUUUUUUUGUUGUUGUUCAUUUUAUGUAUCCUGGCCUCUCUUUGAAGUUAGCCAGAUGCUUUUGGCUUGUUAAAAUCUUCAUUGUGGAUACUCAGAUUUUAAACUACAAAUUUGUAUCGGCAAGUUUGGACUUUGAAACAGCAUUAUUGCUUUAGCAAUCUUGUUAAUAGAGGGACAUUUAGUGGCUUUCCAUUUGAACAGUAUUGAAAGUACUGUCCGUGAAAAUUUGCAUUAAUGCCAUCUCAUAAGUUUUUGAGUUGGAGAGACUACUUCAAGAAGAGUAGCACUGCCCCAAACCAAAUGCUUAGAAGUCUUAGUCAUUGACAAAUUACACGACUCCGUAUUUUUAAAAGUCUGAAUCAAUCCACUGCUUAAAUUAUUUUUAAAGACCUUAUUGGAGCUAGGGUUAAGAUUAGAAAUAAGUGUAAUUGGCAUUUUAGAUGAUUUGACUAUUGACUAAAACUUAGAUAAUUGACUUGUAGAUCCUAGGCAUUUGGUUUUCAGUGACUCGUCACUUGGCAUUCCUAUUCAUUGUUUUUACGAUUAAUUGCCAGGUGCAAUCUUGUCCCAAGCCUGUAAAUAUGUUUGUUGGUAAAAGGGCAUUUUUGUCAAGUCUUUUUCAACAAGAGAAGCUGUUUUUUUUAAUUUUAGUUUUUACCAAUUCCUUUGUUUACAACCACUUUACCAAUUAGCCAUCCCGAGAUUUUUAUCAGCCUAUUAAAAAUGGACUAUAUAUAUACGGGACCUUUGUUGAAAGUUGAGAAAGUUUUAACUGAAGGAAAGACUGUAUUUACUAUAGAAAAUCAGCAGUUUUACAAAUUCAAGGAUCAAAGGCAGGAGCUAAGUAAAAUAUCCAGUCAAAUAAUGUAUAUAUGGCUUACGGUUAGGUUAUAUAUGUCUUUCAGGUAUUUUUCCUGGUUAAACUUAGAGUUAUAUCUGGAUGUGUUUAAAGGAAUUGUAUUAAAGCAUCACCUGCAUUACCAUUUUCUAGUCUUUUCAAUAUCACUGGAAGCUCUUUGUUGUUCAUUCCAUUUUCCUCCUACUGUAAUUGUACUUUCAUGUUAGCAUGGACCUUCCGCAUUAGGGAAGGAGCAAGGUAUCGUUGAUCACGUGAUGUAAUCUGUGUAGUUUGGAAACAAAUGUUAUUGGAUUAACCACCAUCCCUUAUUAGGAGGGUGUUUGGAAUUUUGCCACCCAUUUGCAAAUAUAAUUUGCAGUUAUUAAAUUGAAAGGAAACUUGGGUUUCAAUGUAACGGCAGGUAUUUAACUGCAGUCCUCCUUCCUGAUAUGAUUGGAUCAAACCAAACAAAUGAAGUGGUCUUAGGGCAAAGUGAAGUAAUUAGGAGAGGGGUAUUUUUCACAUUUUUAAGGAUCUGGAGCACACAAAUUUUGAAAAGCAAUGAAAUAAACACUGAUCACAACCCUAGGUGCAUCUCACCUGUAGAAUGGACCUCACCCCUCCGUACAUCUAAGCUGUGUUGGCCGUUGUAUAAAAGCUGCUGUAAAUGUCUUCGAAUCUGACUAAAAGUGUAAAAUUCUAUUUUGGCUGUAUUUUUUAAACAAAUUGUAACUUUUUAUGAUAGAAUACAAUCGUUGCAACCUU